GAGGCCACAGGGGGCGAUGUAUUACUGUGACGUAUGAAAGCUAACGACGUCGAUAGCAAUGGAGACAAGUCUGGUUAUAACACCAUAACAUUUCUGUCACUGUGUAACGCUAUAGCAGUUAACCGGUUUCAUUUUAAGCAUGUUACGGACAUUGUGUCAGACUGGCGGAUUCGUUUUUAAGAACUCCCAGCGGACGGCGCCCAGACUUUGUAUCACACCGAUCCAGCAACGAUGGGCCUCCCGCUUACCCAUGAACACCGUGGUGCUGUUUGUGCCGCAGCAGGAGGCCUGGGUGGUCCAGAGGAUGGGUCGCUUUCACCGCAUCCUGCAGCCUGGACUGAACUUUCUCAUUCCCAUACUUGACCAAGUUCGCUAUGUGCAAAGCCUUAAAGAGAUUGUUAUUGACAUUCCUGAGCAGUCAGCUGUGUCCCAAGAUAACGUGACUCUCCAAAUAGACGGGGUCCUUUUUUUGAGAAUCUUGGACCCUUUUAAGGCCAGUUAUGGUGUGGAGGAUCCAGAAUAUGCUGUGACUCAACUCGCUCAGACCACAAUGCGCUCAGAACUGGGCAAACUCACGCUGGAUAAAGUAUUCAGGGAAAGGGAGUCUCUCAAUUCCAACAUGGUCCACUCCAUCAACCAGGCGUCAGACGACUGGGGAAUCCGCUGCCUGCGUUAUGAGAUCAAAGACAUUCAAGUUCCUCCUCGUGUUAAAGACUCCAUGCAGAUGCAGGUGGAAGCCGAGCGCAAGAAGAGAGCCACGGUCCUGGAGUCUGAAGGGACGCGAGAAGCAGACAUCAACAUCGCAGAGGGUCGGAAACAGGCCCAAAUCCUCGCCUCAGAGGGAGAGAAGGCCGAGCAGAUAAACAAAGCAGCCGGUGAGGCCCAAGCUGUGUUAGCCAAAGCGGGAGCCAAAUCCAAGGCCAUUCGUCUGCUGUCGGAGGCUCUGGCCGAACAGAACGGAGGCGCGGCGGCCUCGCUGAGCGUCGCCGAACAGUACGUCUCCGCGUUCUCCAACCUCGCCAAAGAGUCCAACACGGUCCUUCUGCCCUCCAACACCGGGGACGUCAGUGGAAUGGUCGCACAGGCCAUGAGCAUUUACAGCAGGCUGGCCCAACCGAGUCCAAAGGAGCGCACGGAGACGGAGGCGGGCGAACCCAAUGACGAGGCUGCGGCCCCGGCGACGCCGGCCCAGUAGCCGCGAACGCCGUUAAACGCUCAGACUGCAGAGAGAAGGAGGUUUUCCACCUUAAUGGAGCACAAUGGCCCCGCUGUGUGCACGCUGCGCAUGUGGCAAAGGACGCCCUGUCUUCUGCAGGAGACAGGAUGUCGUGACGAGGGAGCGGCGCCGGAUGAAGGGAGACGACGAUGCUGAGGAGGCGCAGCCGAGAAAAAAAGAGGACCUGAGUCACGGAUUAUGUCUCUUGUGUUGGUGUUUACUGCCUCUUAUGUUGUGUAGAAAAUUAAAUAUUUUUUCGAACUAAAUUGUUUUUGCUUUCUGCAUUGAAGCCUUUUAGAACUGAAAUUCUCUAUAAUAAUGUUUGUUAAUUUGUUAGCGGGCGACUGGAAAAAAACUAAAUAGCUAGUAGUUGUACAACAUGUGAGAUCCACGUGGCACCUGUAGCCCACCUCACAUGGAGCACUGGAGAAAGCAAUGACUGGAAUGUGGAUUUGGGUUGCACAGAUUUCAACACAAAGCGUACUGCAAGCAGACACUUGCCACCGUGCGUGUGUGUGUGUGUGUGCGUGCGUGCGUGGGGGUUGUGCCGUCAUUAAUCCUUGAAAAAAAAAAAAAGAAAAGAAAAGGCUGGCAGCGACUGGCCCAAAAAUCGGAUGUUUUCUCAUUCGAUCUCUUCCCAGACACUCCUCCUUCUCCUUCCUCGUCGGCCUGCUGUCUCCUCUUUCAUUUCUCAUCCACCCGUCCAUCUUCCCCAUAACUCAUAGUUGUCGGUAACUGGUUUUCCUCGAGAGAAAUGGAGAAAAAAGAAAAACAAAUCUUAAUACAGAGAAAGCUCCAACCUCCUCUCACCCUCACCCUCCUCAGACACACACCCCCACAGCCUUGGGCCAAUGUAGUUAAGGUGGUAUGCAAAGUUUG